AUGCAUAACGAUGAUGAUGACGAUAAUUAUCCAGGCAAACUUCUUCAUCAAGCUGCACUUUAUUUAAAUGUUGAUCUACUUAAAGAUCUUCUAAUAGGUGAUGAAAUCAAUAAUAUUGAUGCAACUGAUCGUUUUGGUUGUACACCAUUACAUACAGCAUGUUUAUCAGCAGCACAAGCAACUCUUCAAAAUGAUACUAGAGUUCUUGAUUCAUCAUUAGAAUUUAUAAUGGUACUUAUUGAUCAUGGUGCUGAUUUAAAUGUACAAACAGUCUAUUGCUUACUAUUAAUUAUUGUAUUUAUUUAUACAAUACAUAGCCAACAAUUUGUUGUUGGUUGUUAUUUUACUAAUUGGUCACAAUAUCGACAAGGUCAUGGAUAUUUUAUUCCAUCAUAUAUUGAUCCGUCACUAUGUACACAUAUUUAUUAUGCAUUUGCAAAUAUUAAUAUAAAAUUUCGAAGUCCAAGUCCAUUUGAAAUAAAUGAUAUAAAACCAAUUAAAAUUAAUAAUUCAAUAAAAUCAUUAUCAUCAAUGAGCAUGUAUGAACAAUUCAAUUUAUUAAAAAUAAAAAAUCAUCGUUUGAAAACUUUAUUAUCAUUAGGUGGUGCAACAGUAAAUUCAACUAAAUUUCGUUAUAUAUUUCAAACAAAUAAAAUACGACAAGAAUUUAUACGAAAUACAAUAAAAUAUUUACGAAAAUAUAAAUUUGAUGGUUUAGAUAUUGAUUGGGAAUAUCCUGAAAUAGAUAAAGAUCGUCGAAUAUUUUCAUUACUUAUUCGAGAUUAUCGAUUAGCUUUUCAAAAAGAAGCUUUAUUAAAAAAUCGUACACGUCUUUUAUUAACAGCAGCUGUUGCUGCAUAUCGACCAAAAAUAGAAAUAAGUUAUAAUAUUAAAGAAAUUUCACCAUUUCUUGAUUUUAUUAAUCUAAUGGCUUAUGAUUAUCAUGGUAAUUGGAAUACUCAUAUAGGUUUUAAUAGUCCUUUAUAUCCACGUUCAACUGAAAUAGGUAAUCAACGAUAUUUAAAUCAACAAGCAACAGUUAAUACAUGGAUUGAUGGUGGUUGUCCACCAUCAAAACUUGUUCUUGGUCUUGGUUUCUAUGGUCGAACAUUUCAAUUACAACAAAUAAAUAAUCCUAAUAUAAAACCAUAUGCACCAUCAAAAGGUCCUGGUUUACCUGGUAUUUAUACAAAUAGUAGUGGAUUUUUAUCAUAUUAUGAAAUAUGUGAUUUAAUAAAAAAACAUACAUGGCAUACUGAUUAUGAUAAAGAACAAGAAGUACCAUUUGCAUAUAAAAAUGAUCAAUGGAUUGGUUAUGAUAAUGAAAAAUCUAUAGAAAAAAAAUGUCAUUUUAUUGCUAAACAACGUCUAUCUGGUGCAAUGAUAUGGACACUUGAUUUAGAUGAUUUUCAUGGUAGUUUUUGUGGACAAGGAAAAUAUCCAUUAUUAAAAAAAACACCUUUACAUAUAAUUGCUGAAGUUGGUAAUGAAAAAAUCUUAGCAUUAUUAUUAUUUCAUAAAGCUGAUGUAACAAUACGAGAUAAAUAUGGUCAUACAGCAUUAUCAUUAGCACAAAAAAAUCGUAAAGUUGAUUCAGUUGAAAUGAUACAAAAUGAAAUUGAACUUCGACAACAAGUUCGACAAGAAACAGAAAAGAAAUUACUUGAUGCUUGUUUUGAUGGUGAUGUAAUUAAAGCAGAAGAAUGUCUUGCUCAUUUGGGUGCACAAGCUAAAGCAGUAUUAAAUUCAAGUCCAAAUGGAAGUGAUACAUUAAAUUUUUUAUAUAGAGCUUGUCGAACAGGUAAUGUUGAUUUAGUAAAAUUAUUAUUAAAACAUGGAGCAAUAGCAAAACCUCAUCGUCAAACAUCGUAUUCUCCACUAUAUAUAGCUUGUCGUAUUGGAAAUCUUGAUAUUGUUCAAAUGCUUCUAACUCAUUUUCCACAUUUAGUUUCUGUAGCAACACUUGAACAAAUUCUUCCAUUUGCUGCUGCUUGUUCACAAGGUCAUCUAUCUAUUGUACAGCUUUUAUUAACUUAUCCAAAUUAUCCAUUUUCAUCAUGUAAUAUUUAUGUUGAUCGUUUACAACGAUCAUAUGUUUUUCCCUUUAAUCUCAAUGCACAAGAUUUAAAUGAACAAACAAGUUUAUAUUUAUCUGUUCUUGGUGGAUAUAUUGAUGUUGUUGAAUAUCUUCUUUCAUUUCGUGUUUAUGCUUUAACUCCACAAGAAGUUGAAUUAUUUAAACGUCGAUUAACACAUAGUUAUUUUACUUCUGAAAAUUCUAUAGUAACUUUAUCAGAAUUUAAUGCAACACUUCAAAAAACAAAUACAUUAUUUUGUCCAUUUAAUCUUGAUGUUUAUUCAAAUAAUGGUCGAACAGCUUUACAUGAAGCAAUUGAACAACAAAAUUUUAAAUUAGUUCAUUUACUUAUUUCAAAUGGUGCUAAUGUUAAUUUAUCAUAUGAAGAAAUUUCUAGUCGAAUAUUAAAUAAUGAACAAUGUUUUAUAACACGUUCAACAGCAUUAUCAUGUGCAUGUCGUCUUAAUAAUGUUCAACUUAUUAAUUAUCUUAUGAAUUCUCAUGCAAAUGAUAAAGAAUUUCUUGCAUUUAAUUCAUGUAAACAAUCAUAUCUUAUUGGACAUUUACUUAAAUAUCGUGCUUUACAAGAUAAUGAAUUUAAAUUAACUAAACGACAAUUAACAACAAAUAUUUUAUAUACAUUUGAUGAAAAAUUUUGGUUAAAUAUUGAUUUAACUAAAAUUUGGAUUAAUAUAAAUGAUGAAAAAAAAGAUAAUAAUAAUAAUAUAUCAGAAUCAAAUUAUUCUAUUGAACCUAUAUUAAAAAGACGUUCAAAUAAACGUUAUCAAAUAUUAACAACUAGUUUUGAACAUAUUAAAACACAUUUUACAACACGUUCAUUAUUAUCAUCAACAACAACAAAUCAUAUACCAUCAUCAACAUCUAUUCCAUCAAUACCAGUUGGUAUACAAUGGCAUCAUUAUGGUCCAUUAAAAAUUCUUGAUCCAUUAUGGUUUAUACAAGCAUCAAUAUUUGUUAAUAAAGAUUCUUUUACACAAUUAUCAGAUAUAACAAUAACAAAUCGUCAUUUACUUUUUCAUUGUAUAACACGUAUUGAUUUAUCAGAUAAUUCAUUAGAAUAUUUACCAGCAUUUCUUUUUCAAAUGUAUUCAUUAAGAAUAUUAAAUAUAUCAAAUAAUCAAUUAGGUGAAUUACCAAAUGAUAAUAAUGUUUGGUUAUGUCAUCAAUUAAUUGAAUUAGAUGUUUCACAUAAUGCUUUAACUUUUUUACCAUCAGCUAUGUUUCAACUUCGUUCAUUACAAAGAGCUUAUGCAGCUCAUAAUCAACUUCAAUAUUUACCUGUUGAAAUGUGGUCAGCACCAAUGUUAACUGAUCUUAAUGUUGCUAAUAAUUCAUUAAAAGAAUUACCAGCACCAACUGUUACCAUCGUUAAUAAUGCCGAAAAAUCAGGACGUCAUAUGACAUCUCGACAUUCAAAUAAUCAAAAUCGAACAACUAGUGAAUUUCGUUCUCAAAUUCCUCCAAAUCCACCAACAAAAUUAAAUAUCAAUGAAACAAAAUCUCCACCAUUAUCAUCAUCAAUAACAACAUCUAAUUUAUCCUUAUUUUCUCUUCCAUCAUCAAUUCCACCUCGUUCAACAACAUUUACUGAAAUAACAACAAAUAAUAAUAAUCCUCCAUCACCUGAUGAUGAUGAUGAAUUUGAACGACGAUCAAAAUUAAAAAUAAAUUAUGAUAAUUCAAUAUCAUCUCCAUCAUUAUAUAGUCCAGUUAAACGUUUAUGUCUUUGGCAAAAUCAUAUAGCAAAAUCAACUGAUGAUGAUCAACAACCAGGAUUAAAUACAAAAUCUUCAUCAUCUUCUUCUAUAUCAACAAUAAGUCGUUUAAAUAAUUUAAAUUUAUCUUAUAAUCAUUUUGAAAUACUUCCACCAAUGCUUUGUUGUCUUGUACCAUAUUUAACAUCAUUAAAUCUUUCACAUAAUCUUCUUACUGAACCAUCAAAUAUAUCAUCAUAUCCAUCACGUUUAAAAAUGCUUGAUUUAUCAUUUAAUCAACUUCAACAUAAUAUUUCAAUUGAAACAUUAUCUCGACGAGAAAAAUCCUAUAGAAAAAAUCGUCAAUAUGAUACAACAAUAGAAAAUAUUUGUUAUCGUCCUGAAUUAAAAGAAUCAAAUACACAAAUUGAUAUUAAUAAAAGACGUCGAAGUCGUUCAGUAUCUCGUCAUAAAGUUCUUAUAUCAACAAAUUUAACAAUGGGAUUAAAUUCAAUAUCAAAAUCUGAUCAACAAGAUCAAUAUUGUAUUCAUCGACGUCAUACAAAACUUGAAUUUUUACAUGAUCUCAAUUUAAGUGAUAAUAAAAUUAAUGAAUUAACAUUAUUAUCGAUAGCAAAACCUUCUCGAGAUAUGGAUAUAACAGUAUUACGUUCAUCUUUAUUAUUUCCAGCAAUAACACGUCUUAAUUUAAGUCAAAAUGAACUUGUUUCGAUUCCAUCAAGUAUUUCUUUAUUAGAUAAUCUUGGUACGUUAAUAUUACGUGAUAAUUCACAUUUAAAAGAGAUUCCAUUAUCAAUUGGUUCAAUGCAAAAAUUAUGGAAUCUUGAUCUUCAUGGUUGUGGACAGACAAUUAAAAAAUAA